AUGGAGUUGUCAAGCAGUGAGGAUGAUUUUGUGGUCCUCUCACUUCUUGAAAGAGAAAGAAAAAGAAAAAGGAAAUAUUGGGUCCAUCCAAUCCUGAGAAGAUGUCAAGAGCAGGGAGAGUUUCACCUGUUGAUAAAGGAGCUGCGGAAUUCUCCCGAUCGUUUCCAGGUCUAUUUCAGGAUGUCAGUGGUCCAGUUUGAUACACUUCUAGCAAUACUGGAACCACACAUUAAAAAGAAGACCACCAAUUUCCGCGAUCCAAUUGAUCCCGAACAGCGGCUGGCAGUAUAUCUAAUAUAUCUCAGCACUGGGGACUCAUUUACCACCAUCGCCAGCAGUUUCAGGUUGGGCAUCAGCACCGUGGGGAAGAUUGUGGGGGAGACCUGUGACCAAAUCUGGCUGCAACUCAAGGACAAACACAUGCCAGCUCCAACAGAGGAGAUCUGGAAGAACACGGCAAGGAGGUUCAAUGAGAGAUGGAACUUCCCUAAUUGCCUUGGAGCUCUGGAUGGGAAGCAUGUCAGAAUAGAGGCCCCUGCAAACACAGGUUCCCUUUUUAUAAAUUAUAAAGGCACCUUUUCCACUGUCCUCCUCGCCUUAGGGGAUGCGGGUAACCACUUCCUUGCCAUAGAUGUGGGGAGCUAUGGUGGGAAUAGCAACAGAGGUAUAUUUGCAGAUUCUGCGCUGGGACGGGCCCUCCAGUGUGGAACACUGAAUGUUCCACCCCCAUUGGAGCUCCCAUCUGCACCUGAAUUGGGGAAGGUCAAUCAUGUAAUUGUGCUUUUGCUUUUCCCAUGAAGCCAUACCUCCUCCGACCCUACCCUGGAAAGCAUCUUGAAGAGGACAAGCGCAUCUUCAACCUCCGCCUGUCAAGAGCGCGUUGCAUAUCAGAAAAUGCAUUCGGCAUUCUGACCCAGCAAUUCAGGGUCUAUAAAAGACCGAUGGGGGUGAACCCUGACCUGGCAGACAGCAUCGUCAAAGCAACCUGCCUAUUAUGCAACUACCUGUGCAAUGAAGUGGAGGGAUCAGCCAGCCAGGAUGACAGCUUUGAUGUUGUCAACGCCAGGGCGUGUCUACAGGAGAUCCAGACGCCAAGGGGCAACCGGGCAUCUGCAGAGGCUCUGCGCAUUCGAGACACAUUUAAACUGUAUUUUGUCUCACCUGCUGGCCAACUACCAUGGCAGUACGACCCUGUGCACCACGGACUCAUAGGUUAAAGAUACAGCAAUGCAACCGUAGAAGAUAGAAGAUGUCAGAUAUUUUAAAUUUGUUUGAAUGUUGUUCAUAGGUUCAAUACUGUAUAGUUAAAUACAUUGGCUGUUAUUAUUGUAUUUUCUAAAUACCACACUGAACCGGAUAUUGUUAUAUACUCAUAGUUUACACAUUAUUAUUACUAUUGUUAUAUUUUGUAAAUACCACACUGAACCGGAUAUUGUUAU